AUGCCUCCUAAGAAGUUUCAAACCUUAGAUUCUUUCUUGGAUGAUCAGCCAACUGAUCCAAAUUUAGUUGCCUCACCUUUUGGUGGGUAUUUCAAGAAAAGCAACAAUAUCGCUCAACAAAGAACGCAUAAGAAUUACAACCAAGGUAGUUCUUAUCAAAAUAACCAAUCACACAACCAAGAUGGUGCCCAACAAAACUAUCAAUCCUAUAAUCAAGGUGGUUCCUAUCAAAACUAUCAGUCAUAUAAUCAAGGUGGUUCUCAUCAAAACUACCAGUCAUACAAUCAAAGUGGUUCAUACCAAAAAUACAAUAAAGGCGGUGCGUACCAGAACUACCAGUCUUAUGGCCAAACCAGUACCUAUACCCAGGCUGCAGUCACUCCAAAUGAAAGUCCUGCUCCUACACCUUCUGCUUCAUCAACUUCUUUAGCUUCAUUAAACUAUAAAUUUUCUGACUUGAAAAUGAGUCCAAUUUCAGACCUCGUUGCAAAGAUACCCGAUUGUCAGAAUAUUACUGGCUGUAAAAAGGAAAUUAAAUUGAUUAUUGAAGAAUUCAACAAGGACGGAAAUUCUGCAAUGCAAAUUAAGGAAUGGGAUGUUGAAGGUAUUUUAGCCAAGUUAUCUAAAACCAAAAACCCUCCAUUAGUUAAAGAGUCUGCAAUGUUGCUGAUCUCCAAUUUAGCCGCAAACUUUACCAAUAAAUGCCCACAAGAAGCUUAUCUUCUUCCUUUGUUCGACAUCGCUUUAGAUAGCGUUGCAGAGAAGGACAAUACAAUCAAGCGUGCUGCCCAACAUGCUAUUGACGCUUUACUAAUUGCUUUCCAAGUUGAAUCAUUAACUAGCUUCGUCUUACCAAGGAUUCUUUCAUAUCUAUCAUCCGGUGCCAAAUGGCAAUCUAAAAUGGCAGCCUUGAACAUCGUUGAUAGAAUCAGAGAAGACUCUCCAAACGAUCUACUGGAAUUCACUUUCAACCAAGUUGUACCCAUUUUAACUGAUGUUGCAACUGAUUUCAAACCAGAAUUAGCAAAACAUGGUUACAAGACCUUAUUAGACUACGUCUCAAUUUUAGAUAAUUUAGAUUUGGCUCCUCGUUAUAAAUUGAUUGUAGACACUUUACAAGAUCCUUCCAAGGUACCAGAUUCUGUUAAAUCCUUAUCAAGUGUCACUUUUGUUGCCGAAGUUACCGAACCUGCUUUAUCUUUACUGGUUCCAAUUCUAAACAGAUCAUUAAAUCUAUCCUCCUCCUCACAAGAGCAAUUGAGACAAACGGUCAUUGUUAUUGAAAAUUUGACUAGACUGGUUAACAACCGUAUCGAAAUUGAAAGUUUCAUUCCAUUAUUAUUACCUGGUGUUCAAAAAGUUGUCAACACAGCUUCAUUACCCGAAGUUCGUGAGUUAGCUCAAAAGGCUUUAAAUGUUUUAAAUGGUGAUGGAUUAGAAAGCUCGGAUAAAUUUUCUGGUAGAAUCACUUAUGAAGAAGGUAGAGAGUUUUUGAUUAACAAUUUAAAUAAAAUUAAUACUUCAAUUGAAUUUUCUCUCAAGGACUUCAUCAAUGAUCCUACAUCUCUUGACUGCUUGAGCAAGUUAUUAACAGUUGAUGCCAACGUUAAUGAUUGGAAGAGAUUAGAAUCAUUCUUAGUUUCUAUCCUUGGUGAAGAAAAUAGAGAAGUAAUCCAAAACGAAUUUAUCGCAGGCUUAAGGGUUAUAUUCCAUCAAGAGAAGGUCAAGUACGACGAGGAUGAGGGUAUCGAAAUUGUGAAUACUGAUUUCUCGUUAGCCUAUGGGUCCAGAAUGUUACUUAACAAAACUACUCUUCGUUUAUUGAAGGGUCAUCGUUACGGUUUAUGCGGUAGAAAUGGUGCUGGUAAAUCUACUUUGAUGAGGUCCAUCAACAAUGGUCAGUUGGAUGGUUUCCCUGAUAAGGACACCUUACGGACUUGUUUUGUUGAACAUAAGUUGCAAGGUGAAGAAGGUAGUUUGAACUUGGUCGAUUUCAUUGCGUUAGAUGAACAAUUACAAGACGUCUCUCACCAAGAAAUAGCAAAGGCACUAGAAUCUGUCGGCUUCGACGAUGAAAGAAGAGCCCAAACCGUUGGUUCCUUAUCUGGUGGUUGGAAGAUGAAGCUAGAACUGGCAAGAGCCAUGCUACAAAGAGCGGAUAUUUUGUUAUUGGAUGAACCUACAAAUCAUUUAGACGUGGCAAACGUCAAAUGGUUGCAAGACUAUUUGUUAGAACAUACCGACAUUACCUCUUUGAUUGUUUCUCACGACUCCGGAUUCUUGGAUGCUGUUUGUACUGAUAUCAUCCAUUAUGAAAACAAGAAGUUAGCUUACUAUAAGGGUAAUUUAGCUGAUUUUGUAGAACAAAAACCAGAAGCCAAGGCUUACUAUACACUUACUGAUUCCAAUGCCCAAAUGCAUUUUCCACCACCAGGUAUCUUAACUGGUGUUAAAUCUAGAUCUAGGGCUGUAGCAAAGGUCACCGAUGUUACAUUUACUUAUCCUGGUGCUGAAAAGCCAUCAUUAUCAAAUGCUUCGUGUGCUUUAUCAUUAUCAUCUCGUGUUGCUGUAUUAGGUCCAAAUGGUGCAGGUAAGUCCACUUUAAUUAAGUUGCUUACUGGUGAAUUAGUUCCUCAAGAAGGUAAAGUUGAAAAACAUCCAAACUUACGUAUUGGUUAUAUUGCUCAACAUGCCUUACAACAUGUCAAUGAACAUAAAGAAAAAACUGCUAACCAGUAUCUACAAUGGCGUUACCAAUUCGGUGAUGAUCGUGAAGUUUUAUUAAAGGAGUCAAGAAAGAUUUCUGAAGAAGAAAAAGAAAUGAUGGAGAAAGAAAUUGAUGUAGAUGAUGGAAGAGGUAAAAGAGCUAUCGAGGCUCUUGUAGGAAGACAAAAGUUGAGAAAGUCCUUCCAAUAUGAAGUCAAAUGGAAGUACUGGAAGCCGAAGUACAAUUCCUGGGUUCCAAGGGAGCUUCUGAUUGAGCACGGUUUUGAAAAGUUAGUACAAAAAUUCGAUGAUCACGAAGCCUCCAGAGAAGGUCUUGGUUAUCGUGAAUUAGUUCCAUCGGUAAUUACAAAACAUUUUGAAGAUGUUGGCCUGGAUUCUGAAAUUGCCAACCAUACCCCAUUAGGUUCUUUAUCAGGUGGUCAAUUAGUCAAAGUCGUUAUCGCAGGUGCUAUGUGGAAUAAUCCUCAUUUAUUAGUUCUUGAUGAACCUACUAAUUAUCUGGAUAGAGAUUCCUUAGGUGCUUUAGCUGUUGCUAUUCGUGACUGGACCGGUGGUGUUGUCAUGAUUUCCCAUAACAAUGAAUUUGUCGGUGCUUUAUGCCCAGAACAAUGGAUCGUCGAGAAUGGUAAGUUAACUCAAAAAGGUGUCAGCCAAAUCGACCAAAGUAGGUUUGAAGAUGGUGGAAAUGCCAACGCUGUUGGUGUUAAAGCCGAACAAAGAAUAUCGCCAUCUGUCGAUGAUGACGACUCCCCAGCCAACAUCAAGGUUAGACAAAGAAAGAAGAAGCUCACUAGAAAUGAAAAGAAGGCUCAAGCCGAACGUCGUCGUUUACGUUACAUUGAUUGGUUGUCCUCACCAAAGGGAACUCCAAAACCUGUUGAUACAGACGAUGAAGAAGAAGAUUAA